AAGUCCAUUACUCUACGAUGGACAACAAUUUGGAGCAACAAACCAAUGGAACUAUGGUACCACCACCGAUGGCACCGUCGGAAAUGCUCCUCGAUGAUGGUAUGCCGGUAGAAAUGGUGGACGGUGGUGGAUGGCCGGUACAAAUGGUUCCGAUGAUGCAGGAGGACGAAAAUCACCCAGACGACGACAGUGAACAACAGCAACAUACGGAACUGUCCGAGAUGGAUGGGGAACGGGAGGAGGAAGAGCAGGAGCAGGAGCAAGAACCGGAAGAUGAUUCGCAACAGAUGCCCGUAUUGUCUCCUCCUCCAGCAUUAAUGUCGCUGCAGGUAGACAAUCCCGAUGAAGUGGCAAAAAAACCUUCCGAACUGGUACUGCCGAAAGCGCUGGAAGAUGUACUAGCGCUGAAGACGAUUCGUGCGCAGGAGCUUAAUGUGGAGGAAACGCUAGCUGCCGUCGGUGCCGUUUUGCCCGGUUCAUACCACGAGCCGGAAGGUGCAUUAGAGUCGGAUGAUGAUAAUGUCAACGAACCAACGAGUGCAGCCGAUCCGGAUGGAGACGAUUCGUCGAUGCACGGAGCUUUUUCCGAUCCGGGACAAACGCGCGUGGAAGGAAAGCAGGACAAAAACAGACGCAAGAAAAAACGUAAGAAGGAAAACCGUAAGGCACGACGUGAGCAGAUGCAGAAAGCACACGAACAGCGGAUACUGGAGCAACAAAAACAACCCGAAAAAUCCCACACUAAAUCGCAACAUGCAAAGCAUAAAACAAUACGGUCGAAAGAUCCGGAGCAAGCAGCUAGCGACGAAGUGGAACAAACUGAGGAGGAACGACCGGAUAAGGAUCCGGCUUGCUCGAUCGAUGAUAGUGACGAUGGCAAAGAGACGGAGGAGGAAACGGUGAAAAAAAUGAACGGCGAUCAGGAGAAAAAUGGUGAAACUGAAGAGAUAGACGUACCGGAAGAUGGACAUCGUACAAACGGACAAAAGGAAGGUGACGUUGAUGAAUCUAUCGUACAGGCGGACAGUGACGAAAAUGGCAAAAAGGCACCACCAACCACAAAAUCAACGGCCACCGAUGAGGAUAUCUUGAAAGACGUUGAGAUCGAGUACGUACCGGAAAAGGUGACGAUUGCUGAUCUGGGACCGAUGUAUCGUCAGUUUUACCGUGUGUUUGAAAUCUUCAAACUCGACACCAAAUCAAAGGAAGCGGUCAAAAGCGCGGACGAGACGGAAAAGGAGAAAGCGGCAGCCGAAACGAAGAAGCUAGACGACGGGAUGGACUACGAUUACGACGAUAUGGGCGAUCAGGACGAGAAGGACGACAAGGAAAAGAUUUCCAAGCGCAAGCUAAAGAAACUAAACCGGUUGAGUGUUGCCGAACUGAAGCAGCUCGUCACACGCCCGGAUGUGGUCGAAAUGCAUGAUGUGACGGCGCGCGAUCCGAAGCUGCUGGUGCAGCUGAAGAGCCAUCGCAAUACGGUCCAAGUACCGCGGCACUGGUGCUUCAAGCGCAAGUACCUGCAGGGUAAGCGAGGUAUCGAGAAGCCACCGUUCGAUCUUCCGGCGUUCAUUAAGAAGACGGGAAUUAUGGAGAUGCGUGCAUCGCUGCAGGAAAAGGACGAAGCUAAAACACUGAAAGCGAAAAUGCGUGAACGAGCACGGCCAAAGAUGGGCAAGAUCGAUAUCGACUACCAGAAGCUGCACGAUGCGUUCUUCAAGUGGCAAACGAAGCCGCGCAUGACGAUUCACGGUGAUUUGUACUACGAAGGGAAAGAGUUCGAGACACGGUUGAAGGAGAAGAAGCCGGGCGAUUUGUCGGAAGAGUUGCGUAUCGCGCUGGGCAUGCCGAUCGGACCGGCUUGCCAUAAAAUUCCUCCACCGUGGCUAAUCGCUCAGCAGCGGUAUGGACCACCGCCGAGCUAUCCUAACCUAAAGAUACCCGGCCUGAAUGCGCCCAUUCCCGAGGGAUGCUCGUUUGGAUAUCAUGCCGGCGGUUGGGGUAAGCCACCGGUGGACGAAAGUGGCAAACCACUGUACGGCGACGUGUUCGGAGUGGCCGGUAUGGAUGGGGAAGGUGGUAUGGGUGAGGAGGAAAUCGAUCGGACGGUAUGGGGCGAGCUAGAAUCGGAAUCGGAAGAAUCGUCCGAAGAGGAGGAAGAUGAGGGCGAAGAUAUGACGGCACAGCCGGACGAAAGUGGACUGAUCACACCGGCCGAAGGGCUCGUAACUCCCUCCGGUCUGACCAGCGGUGUACCGGCCGGUAUGGAAACGCCCGACACGAUCGAACUGCGCAAGAAGAAGAUCGAGAGCGAGAUGGAGGACAACGAGACGCCGGUACUGUACCACGUGCUGCCGGAGAAGCGAAACGAGCGUAUCGGUGCGGCCAUGAUGGCUUCGACACACGUGUACGAUAUCUCCGCUGCGGGUGGUGGUGCUGGUGUGCCUGGUGGCGGACCAGCGGCAGCUGCUGGUGGUGGUCGUGGCGCCGGUCGUGGUGGUCCAGUAGAUCGGGAAGGUAUGGUAGAACUGGCGCUCGAUCCGUCCGAACUUGAUCUGGACAAUGAUGCGAUGGCACAACGGUACGAGCAGCAGAUGCGCGAACAGCAGAGCCAUCUGCAGAAGGAGGAUCUUUCCGACAUGCUGGCGGAACACGUGGCCCGGCAAAAAUCGAAACGGAAACGGCAGCAAACCGACACGACCAGCAAACAGUCGAAGAAGUACAAGGAGUUCAAGUUUUAGGUCCUCAAAAGAAAAGAAAAAUCGUUUCUUC